AUGUCGGAAAAAGUCGGCGGUCCUCCGGUCGAUGUUUCGUCGCAUGGGCAAGUUUUUGUGAUCGACAACCGAACGAGAGAUGAGUGGUGUAAAAUUGUGGUCCUCAUUGUGCUCAUCGCCAUUUUCCCGCCAGCCGCUGUCGCCGUUCAAGCGAAUCAAUGCAAUGUGCAUGUGAUCAUCUCUCUAUUUUUGAUGCUUUUCUUCAUCUUCCCUGCCACUCUGCACGCAAUUUGGUACUGUUUCUUCCGACAACCCACCGAGCACAUCAUUGCC